AUGGCGGGCAGCGGCGGGGUCUGGAGGCCGGCGCAGCCAGCCCAGCGCCCAAGUGGGGAGCAGCGAGGGGCUGGCACGGCGGGUGCAGCUCCCCGGGGUACCGCGGGUCGGUGGUCCGCUGUCAGGCCGGAGCACGGCGCCGGGGAGCCGGCUGGGCGGGCGGGCGCAGGUACUUCGUACUUAACGGAUAUCGUAUGGUGGUCUGGCACUAUUGCAAUGGCUCUGGGUCAAAUAGGGAAUUUCUUGGCUUACACUGCAGUCCCAACUGUGUUAGUGACGCCCUUGGGAGCUCUUGGUGUUCCAUUUGGGUCCAUUCUAGCUUCUUACUUACUGAAAGAAAAACUGAACAUUCUUGGCAAGCUGGGAUGUUUGCUGAGCUGCGCUGGGUCUGUUGUUCUCAUCAUCCAUUCCCCAAAGUCCGAGAGUGUAACAACUCAGGCUGAGCUUGAAGAGAAGCUUACAAAUCCAGUUUUCGUGGGUUAUCUCUGCAUAGUGCUGCUAAUGCUUCUCCUGCUUAUCUUCUGGAUAGCUCCAGCUCAUGGACCUACUAAUAUCAUGGUUUACAUCAGUAUUUGCUCUCUGUUGGGCAGUUUCACUGUUCCCAGCACAAAAGGCAUUGGGCUAGCUGCUCAAGAUAUCUUUCACAAUAACCCAUCGAGUCAAAGGGCUCUGUACCUCUGUCUGGUACUUCUGGCAGUAUUAGGAUGUAGCAUUAUCAUUCAGUUCAGAUACAUCAAUAAGGCACUGGAAUGUUUCGACUCCUCUGUGUUUGGUGCCAUCUACUACGUUGUGUUUACCACCCUAGUCCUGCUGGCUUCAGCCAUCCUUUUCAGGGAAUGGAGUAAUGUAGGAGUUGUAGAUUUCUUGGGAAUGGCUUGUGGAUUCACCACAGUAUCUAUUGGAAUUGUUCUUAUACAAGUCUUCAAGGAAUUCAAUUUCAAUAUCGGGGAUUUAAAUAAACCUAACAUGAAGACAGAUUAA